AUGUCUCCUUUCCUCGCUAUGCGAGCCGCGAGGCAGUGCCUGGUCAGCAAGCGGACCAGACGAACCAAGUACCAAACCAAGAUUGCAGUCGAUGACUACCUCUUCCCUUCUAUAUACGUGCACCAGGAUUAUGCCUCCAUCUACAUGGACGCGGUUGAUCUGGUGACAAUGAAACAUAGCCCUUCUCCUAGCUCAUCUGCCGAUGAGCUUAGAGAAGAUCUCGACGUGUCCCUGGUUGGAAGAGAAUGUGAUCUGCUGAUGCUUGAAACGGCCCUGUUACUAGAUUCUUGCGUCCUGAGCAUCCAAGGACCGCCCGGUAUCGGCAAGUCCGCCUUGUCCGAAAGUGCUGCCUUGUGGUGGAUGUCUACACAUCUCAUUGACAAGUUCAUCAAGAUUGAUCUUGACGUUCUGAGCCCUGACUCCUCCCUUGCUGAGGUAUUGAAUCAUGAACUCCAGCUGGGCUUACCAGUUACUGGCAAGACAACAGGCGGGGGAGAUGCAAACACAGUGUCCAGGAUCGCGCGCAGCCUGCGCCGUACCAUGAAACGCUCAGGGAGGCUGCUUAUACUUUUCGAUGGCGCGGAAUCAAGCGGUCCACACAAAAUCUCAGAUAACGACAUGGAGUUUCUUAGUAAGUUCUUAUCAGCCUUCCAGAAGGCCCAGGACAUUACGGCAGGAAACGCCUACGGAAGAUUUGCGCUCGUUACGGCAAGGCAAUUGGCCCGCUUACCCACAUUAGAAGGAGACGGGCAGGGCCUCGUCCAUACUCUGCUGCCUUUGGACAGUUCGCACGCCUUAGCUCUGAGCACUUCCAUCCUUGAAAAGGCCGGAAAGCUUCCACAGGCCAAAGACUGGGAGAGUCUUAUUGUCACUGAGCAUUUUGGAAACCUUGCGCAAGGUAAUCCCCUCGCUGUGAGACUGAGUGUAGGUGCAUACUGCUCUCAAGAACUCGGCCUUCACGGGUAUUUCCAAACUCUCUUCAGGGGCUCCCAUAUGUCAUUUGAGAAACUACCCCGUGAGCUGACCGGUCAUCCGGCCUUAAAAGACGUUAAGAGACACUUCGAGUCACCAAAUGGGUUUUGUACCAAAGCCCGUAGAUUGUUUUUCCCUUUCUGGACAUCUUUUCCUUUCAGCACCCUAGCCGAUUACUUGGGCCGUACGUACAAGACCAUUAGCUCAGGACAGCUGAAGACUGCUGCGAGGGAUGUUCUCCAGCCGUUCAUUGACGAGGGACUCGCCACAGUCGGAAAAAGUAUCAUGGAUAAUAGUGAGUUCGAGCUGGAUGACGAGGACGAAUACGUCACUCUACAUCCACUAGUCGUACUGGGUGUGAGAGAGAAAGCGACAAAGGAUCACUUUGGUACCUUGGAGAUGUCGGUAAGUAAUAUGCCGGCUCUGUUCAGUGCCCGAAUCAAACAGUGGCCAUUACGCGAGCUUUAUUGGAAGAGGGAAUGGGACCGUCCUCGUGCAGCAUGUCAACGGGAAUUUUACAAUUUUCUAGGGACGACAUAUAUGGCACUUAUAUUUGGUUCCAAUCCUGCAAGUUUCCAUGAGCUCCUACACCUCAUGCAUAUGACGGUCAAGGGGCUCUAUUUGAUAGGAACCGGCGGCCGCUGA